CCCAUUUUGACAUUCCUCUGUAUUCCGCGUCAAGGCCUGCGGCCGACAACAACAUCAGUAUCGCUCUAAAUUCCAACCAGGGCAUGCUAAUCUCUUCACUUCCCACUCCAAAGGCUCGCUUGGAGGUAAGGGCGGCGAGCUUUGCUUGCAUUGUCCUCUUCCAGGAGUCGGGUCGACCUGUGUGAUCCUCCUCCACGUUCCAUAGCAUGGAAGUACCACGUGGCCGUAGUCGGAGAGGACGUUCCCCUGCAGUCUGCUCGUCUUCCUCCACUCGCCGACCUGCGACACGCUCAACGACUCGAGUCGUUGCCAAAGCUGUGCCGAUGGAGCAUCUUGAACACUCCCUCCGUGAGGCCGCUUUGAGGACGUGCGCCACUCCUGCUGCCAGCACUUGCUCAUUUACGAAACGAAAAUCGCGCACUGCUUUGGCCGCCAUCGGUCAAAAUAUACACUCAAUCACACCACCUUCAAGUGGUCACGGUACACCUGAAGCUUCAAGCUUCAGGUCCGGGAAUUCGGAUCCUGCAGAAAGCAAACAGCUUGAAAGUGAUCUGAUGUACCCGACUCCACCACCAACUCGCUUGUUCGCGAGUGGCACGUUGCGAGAGUGCUGCUGCCAUUCACAGACAAAUGUUUCUACGUUCGAGGCUCUCCACCAGCUCAGAGAUGUCCUGGUAAAGCGGGAGAGAAACUACGACAUUGACCAAAAUUACUUGAAUCGCCAUGCCAUGUUGGAAGCACGUAUGCGUCGCAUACUGUUCGACUGGCUGAUGGAGGUGUGUGAAGUGAUGGUUCUGCGCCGGGAGACGUUUCACCUAGCUGUGAAUUUAUUCGACCGCUACAUGAGCUUGAAGCGUGACAUACAUAAAGAGAGUCUUCAACUCAUCGGUGUAACAUGUUUGUUCGUUGCUGGUAAACUUGAGGAGAUCUAUCCUCCCAAGGCCAGUGCGUUCGCCUACGUCACCGAUCACUUACACGAGGAUGAAAUCAGAGCCAUGGAGCUGGAUGUUCUGGUGACUGUGAAGUUUCGCGUCAAUGCUGUCACACCCAACACCUGGGUUGCGUUCUGGAUGCUUUACAUGCACACGGAAGAUGUAGAAAGCACGUCAGAGUACGACUCAAGCCUAUUUGUCAGGGUUAUGGAGCUUAUUGACUUGGCUAUUUGCGACGUCGCCUGCUUGCUUUAUCCAAAUCGAAUACUAGCACUGGCUGCUUUCUUUGUGGUGACGAAGAACUGGAGUCUUCCGGCUAGUUUGGGCUUCCACUACAAGGAAGUUCAAAGUUGUGCUGAGUGGUUGACAUCCUACUAUGCCAUCAUGAACCUCCAUGGUUCCAGCUCUGUUCUUAGAACGUUUGAAGAGGUACCAGAGAAUGAGGCUCUCAACAUUCAAGAUCACAAGUACUCUUUUGAUGACUUUGUGUCGGGUAGAGAUGGACCAAAGCAACCUCUUGAGUCACCGAAAGAGUUGCAUACCCCAACAGUUCUUGCGCCCAAGUCCCUUGGGUUCAAUCGACAGUCCUUGACUCCCGACUACUUGACGCCGUCGGAUCAAAUGUCCGAGGAAACGUAGCUGUACAGGUGCAGCAGUCCCGUUAACCAGUGAGUGAUCGCCUCUUGCACAGCGCGCAGCAGCAGCACACACUGUUUAUAGCAUUGCUUGUGUCAGUCGUCCUGGUGCAUCCUACUGUUUCCUGGUGUCACAACGGUGCCAGCAAUAUAACGACUUUCAUCUUAGCUUGAGAAGAAUUUCUGACUGGGGUCAUGAUUUUGUUCCUUUUUAAUUUGAAAACCACGAAACUACUUACUACUUGCACAACCUGACAACAGGGUCUUGAAAAAAAACGUUGAAGUAAUCCACUAUGAAAAAGUAUAUAUUAGAAAGCGAGAAAGUUCCGCUCACUUUCCACUCCUAGUAAUGUCCGGAUGCUUCAGAUCAGAGAGCCAGGGACACCAUACAACAUCCACUACACAAUUCAUUCGAUCUCUAAUGCUUCGCCGGUAUAUCUGCUUUUAAUUUCUCAUCUGUUGCCCACCUCUACUGCUCCCUCUCUAUGGUGUUUUGUCUUUGUCCUUAUUGACCUUGUUCUUACCUCAUUGACGUUGUGUUUGAGGAAUGUGUCGCACAGCUCCAUGUCGGACAUUAUGACUCGUGGGCUCCACCUUGCUUUCCUUACUUCACCUCUUCUUUUUAACCGUUUCUUCUUAGUUUGUCAGUGGCUGGUCUCACUUCUCUGUCUCAGUAUGUUCGUCAGCAAGUUUUUUCUUUCUGCGUGACACACUUUUUAAUGCAUUUUAACAGUGCUACACAAUCUGGUCGUCUGUAUCUUUAUUUGCCGAUGGUGGAAUCGCCCCUUUCUUUAUUAAUUCCGGGCAAGCUGAUCUUUAGCUUUGAGUAGAUUUAUUGUGGCUGUUCAAUUAGGCAUGCUGCUACUUUUGCUUUUGUAAUGAUGAUAGGGUUAUUGACUAGUCCUGAGUAAUGCUUAUUAUUGCUUCAUGUUUUGUUUUUGGUGUAGAACUUCUACUGUAUUGAUGGAUGUACACUUCACGUCAGCUAGCAAUAGCUUGUAUGUAGACCACAGUCAACAUAAUAUUAUUUUAUCAGUUGUGAA